AUGAGCGAAAGUAAGGAGGUAUGGUAUCAUUUCAUUUCAAUUACUCAUCAGUCGCACAUCCACGCGUACUCGCACUCAAAGACUCCGGGUAACGCUCAACGGAUCGGUGCUAGCCACUGCUUUAUCCUCAAUGUUGGAACCCAAUUGGAACCCGCUCUGGUCUUGCGAGCCACGUGCUUUUGUGCAGGCUACAUUACCACUCUUCGAGACCGACCGCAACGAAACAUCAAGCCUCCCGUUUCACCUUCACAGUGCGAUCCAAACCCUCGAUAUCGCCUUCCUUGGUACAAUAUGCUUUGUGCAUGGAAAUCCGUCAGUAGCCGCUUCGCGAACGCUGCUGACAACGAACCUAAUAACGGCGACACUUGCUUCUUCAAUUCAGUUGCUAAACAUAAACUCUCCCGAAAACCGACCUGUCGCUAUGUUGUUCAAGGCCAUGUACGCGGAUGUUCGGUUAUGCAUCCUCGGUCCGAUAUUGAUCCCUUACACACUAUCCGAACUCUCUCGAAGCCGCCUUUUUCCGUGUUGUAUCAUGACGCAAUGAAACGAUGGCCCUCCCAUAGUACCAAUCCUGCCCAGUUUGAAAGAGGCACUACCUCCAAGCACUGGCCAGUCUUCAACAACUUCACCUUCAAAGCUGCGGGAUGCAUUGACAUGCCGUAUACCAAGCGUUUGGACGUACCUAUCCAAUCCGACCUUGCUUUGGAACGAGAUUCAAUCAACACCUUGAACGAGGCACCGCUUUCAAGCGCUGGCUAG